CUACCAUUCGGCCAUGGCGGACGCAGACGAAGAUGCCAUUCCCACAACGUCCAACGCGAACCCCGACGAUUUCGAAGAUGAGACGCAAGAUUUUCGAUUCCUCUCGUCCAUCACGGCCGCAAAGAGCGGGCAAACGGUAGUCCCAAAGCGAGGCGACAAAGACUUUGAGCCGAAUCCCACACGCUCACAAGCCUCUGCCCUCGAUGCCUCCCGCCUCGCGAUGCACACUGCUCUCAGCUCGGUUAGAGUCCAUGUAGGCAAACAUAUCGUGGGUCAAUAUCUACCCUGGGAACAGGACUGGAGGUGGGACGACAAUGGAACAGGCACAGGCCGAAAUGGACGAUGCGUCGUGGUCCCGAAGUUCAAGGGUACUUACUCGAAAACGAUGGGACUAGCAGACAGGCACAACUCUACGUGGUUCUUACCGGAGGAGGCACUGUUCUUGUUGGAGCGGGGGACUCUAGACAUACGAUGGCCGGACAUCGAGGAUGAGAAUGAGAACGAGCACGAUGACAAUGAACCAGGAAACGACGUCUCAAACCAAGGUGAAGAGGUUGAAGGGAAACCUGACACCGUGGCCGUGGCGAAGGAGGGAGAGGAAGAGGAGAAGAAUGGCAAAAGCGAGCCACAAACACAAGAAGAACCAGAUUUGAAGAUUGGUGAAUUGCCAAUGAGUUUACAGGGUGCCUAUGCCAGCUUCAUAGGCAAAGAUGACCUCACGCUUGAACGAUAUACCGUCUACGCCGGGCUCAAACGCAUAGGAUACAUCGUCCAAAGGGCUCCAACAUGGCACGACGAAGAUCCUGCCCCGGCGAAUGGCCAUGUACAUUCACAACCUGAUUGUCAAGAUCCAACAGCACUCUCAUCUUCACCACCAUCACCACCGCCAAUGGCACACAACGCGAUCUCGAAUGCCGUGAGCCUCAUCCACAGGCUUGUCUCGUGGCUAUCUCAACCAAGCCGUGACGGCGUAUGUACCGCUUCAGGUCCUCUCGUCGCCCCAGGCUUGUACAGGAACUAUACAGACAUGUUCCGCGCGUUGUCCCUAAUACCUUAUCAUGACCCUACUAGACCUCCUCCUCCAAGUCCUGACUCCGACUGCAACAACGACAACGACAACGACAACAACAAAGUAUCUCAAUCGAACCGAAGCAUCACCCCUAAGGCCCCCUUCCGAAUCCAUUUCCACGUGUGGAAACCCAACGCUCAAAAUAGUUACCGCAAAAGUGCUCCCCCUCCUCCGGACUACCGCAUCGCCGUGGUCGACGCUCGAACCACGUCCAUGCCCACGCUCUCAGAGAUCGGUGACCUGUUGGACUCGCAACCCGAUGACGCCCUGACGAAAGACAAAGCAAAGAGACUGGAGACGCGCAUCCGGUACGGUCGCAAGAACGUCCUGCUGGCCGUCGUCGACAUGGGCGUGGUGAGCUACCUCCGCCUCAGCGACGCCUGUUUCGGGACGGAAAAGUUGUACGAGGAAAAGGUCCGAGCUGGGUCCAAGGGGAAGAGACCGAACCAUUCGGGCACACCGAGGAAGGGAACCCAGACACAAAAUCAGCAGCAGCAGCAGCAGCCGCAGUCAAACCCCAAAUGAUACAACCAACGGACAUUCCUUAAUAUGUGGUUCGGCGUUGAAUACUCAGUCUCCUGAUAAGGAAGAGUGGUCACAGCAAGACUGAUCACUUGACAGGGGGAACAAGGCGACACCCGUGAUGACGGACGAAGGAACAAAAAAAUUAUUUAUAAUAGACUUGAUACCCUGGUAGAUAGACUUUGAAAAGACUGGUCCACGAACGUGUGAGGAG